AUGUCUUUUCUUGAUUUGUCGCCUUCACCAGAACCCUCAGAAGCCGAUGAAGAUAUUUUAUUUGUCCUGCGAGCCGGAGAUACCAAGACGAGUGUACUGCACAACGCCCCGAAGAACGACGUCAUGAAUAAGGUCCCGAACAUACCAACGCAUCCAAUCCCGAGCAUGCAAGGGGCAUUUGCAGAAUCUUUUCUGGAAUCAAGUGCUGGGUAUGUGGCUCCUACAAAUGAAAUACACAAAUCAGUUGCAACGAGACGGCAGAUACUACUGAGUCAGAGUGUGACCGAACCGACCCAUGCGGCAAGAUGGAGACUAAAGCCAGGUCAGCAAUUUCAUGAGUUCUGGAAGCUCAUGUCACAAAUAUCGUUUGGAAUAUACCUUCUACUCAAUGGUAUAGCGAGGGACGAGGAACAAGUAAUGAAGAUACUGCAGGUGCAUGUGGAUGAAAUCGACGAAUUUUUAGAAACAACAUUGCAAGACUUUAAUUUAGCUCAAGACGAUAUAGAAGAGCGACUGAAACACCUUAAACUGCCCCUCAAAAAUGUCGCUGUAUUCGAUUCCAUGAUGGAAGAUAGGGUUUUCCGACUGCAAAUAGUUGAUGGCAAUGAGAAAAUUGAGCACGUUAUUUCUCGCACAGCCUCUGCAAUGAAUGAUGCCUUGAAAGACGUUCAACAAGGCGCCAAUGCUUGCAAAGAAUUCACCCUCUACCUGGCAAGAGAACAGAAUAAUACACUGUGGAAGAACCGAUCAAAUAUGCGAAAAGUUUAUGAAGCAAUGAAAGGAAACGUGAAUGGAUGGUAUAAAGCAUUCGUUUCACUGCAGACCAAAGGUAGUAUCUUAGAUGUGACCUUGGUACAACUCGGGUCAAUCCUGGCUGAGAUGGAUCGGCGAGCGGGUGAAGUUAGUCGGAGAACACGAUUUAGCACCACAUCCCCUCAAAAUUCUUCCAUGAAUUUAACCAAGAGUCUCUCGCGACAUGAAAGCCGGAUUUCUCGGCAGAUGAGGCUGUCAUUAACUAAAGGUCUAUAUCCUAGAAUCGACUUUAACUUGCCCGAUAUACAGCUUAACCUAGGGAACAACCAACAGGCGACAGACGGUGAAAGCGAUUCAAACCCUAAUCAAAUGAAUUCUAAAGAAGAAAGUAUACCCGAGCCAGACAUUCUCUUGAAGCCGCAUACAUACACACCUGUUCCAUCACCGAACCCUGCAUCGACAAGUGUUUUUCCAGAAAACAAUAAAGCUCAGACGAACUCACCAGCAACAGUAGUCCCGAAUAUGUCUAGUCCCCCGGAAGUAACCCGGCGAAGUUCAGUUCGCAAGCGCUUUUCAAUAUCACGCAGAAGAAACUCAUAUAAAAAGGAAGGUCAACGCGAACCGGUAAAUCAUGCUGACUGGAAAUCACAUCACCCUGUACACUUGCCUGCAACUACCUUUGGCACCAAUGAAGAAACUACGUCAAAUACACAGACAUCGCCAAAGCGAGAUUCGGAUUUAGCCUACUACUCAGAUUUCGAGAAAACUCCACACGUGUACACACCUCUAGCAACACCAGACGCACCUCAUGAUAAACAUUUCAGUACUAACCAAAAGUUCUUCGACAGUACUCAUCUUUCUGCCAGCAGCAGCAACGUUAAUACUGUAUCAUUUCGCAACGAUCGUCUCCUCCCCGUUGUCAAAGAAGGCACGGAUAAUCGAAGCUUUGCAGAGCCAGCUCCCCUUCUAACUCCGGUAUCUAUCAAAAUACCUGAACAACAAUUCUUUCUGCCAGUCAAUGCCUCACCGCACUCACCUCUGCAAAGACCUUGGACAGCAGGCCCAUUACAGAACCCUCUCCAUUCUCAGCCUAAUUCGAGUAACUCCAACCUAUCCACCUAUACAAUACAUAGUCGUCGUAAUGGCGCUGCUCAUAGUACUGGAAGAAUACAUACCCACACUCCAAGCACGCUCCGUAAUCUGCCUAGUGCAAUGGGGCAGAGUACAAUGAGUGAUGCAACUAGUAAGGGACCUCGAAAAAAAAGAAGUAUGUUUGGCUGGCUGAAAGAACAAUUCAGCCUCAGUGAGGAAGAGAAGCAGGCGUUUGAGGCAAGAAAGCAACUAGGGGAAAUAGAACGCCUGGCCGCCGAGAGAAUGACAAAGAACAGCGGCCCUGAUAGAAGAAGAUGGCUGGAUGGAAAACGUAUUGACGAGAGAGGACGGAUGUCAGAAACUAGAGAGGCGAAAAGAAUACAAUAA